AUGAGCGGCAUCUUUCCCGGCAACAGUAGCCUCAUUCAACAGCUAGAUAAACAAGUACUUAUGGUAUUGCGCGACGGCCGCCACCUCGUUGGAAACCUUCGAAGUUUCGACCAGUUUUCAAACAUCAUUCUAGAAGACACAUAUGAGCGCCAUGUUGCUGGAGGGCUAUUUUGUGAUAUCGAGCUAGGCUUAAAUAUCAUUCGUGGUGGUAACAUUGUUCUGCUUGGUGAACUAGAUAGUGACAAGGAGCGCGACCAACCACACAUGAAGCGUGUCAAAUUGGAAGAGGUCUUGGAAGCUGAAGAAAGAUUAAAUGAGGAAGGCAACACAAGUCUAAGCCUCUCGUUUUUGGAGCUAGAGUACCCAGCUCAACAGUAG